AUGGCGGCCCAACCUGACAAUGACUCCAAGUCCCCCCCCGUAUAUGACCCGGACCAGGCCAUGCUACAACUUCUUCAGACCGCGUGUCCCGAUCUUUCGUCUCGGCCCUCGCAAGCCUCCCAGUUUUCGCAACCUUCGCAACCCGUGCAGCCAUCGCAGCCAUCGCAGCCAUCGCAGUCACCGCAGCCUUUGCAUGCCAGCCCAAACCACGCGCCGCCCAACACCCACACCAACAAUACAUGGAAUCACCGGAGCCCUGCGGCCUUUGAUCCACCCGCAACUCGAGACAGUACGCAAGACGAUUUUCAAAACAAUCAUCGCAGACCACAAAGAGAGGUGGUGCCCGGCUUGCCAAGAACCCAGACCCUGAAGCGCCAAAUUUCGGAGCGCAGAGAGCAUCUUAUACCCGUAGAGAUGCUCCCAGAGGAGCGUCGUGCUCUCUCGUCCGAACUAAAGACCCCCUUGAGUCUUCUUACCUCUCGCGAUGCCGCCAACUCCUUUGCCACCCCAAGCGCCGUUGACUCUACAUAUGACAAUAUCAGCGACCUCGCCUUUUCCCAGAGCUCGUCGCCCCGACUCCUCGAGGAACUCGAGGAAGACGAAGACGAGCCCCAGGAUUUCGACGAUGAUGAUGAAGAGCCUCGAAGAAAAGCGCCACUAUGUCUGCCUGCCCCGACGCUCGUGCCUGGAGUUACGCUGAUCCCAGGCACUAACCUGCCCGAUACGACUAACAUGUCUCGUGAGGAAAUUAACGCUCUCAUCCAGAAUGAAUUGGAAAACGUCUGGAUUCUGAAUUUGAGCAUGCACUUUCGAGACGGCUCCGGGAGAGACAAGUUCUUCCUUACCUACCGAGAGCGAGAGACGGUAUGGCGCAGAGUCACCAUCUCCUUGGAUUAUCGCGGUGCUCCGCACGAUUCGCUAGAGGGAGAGCUUGGCAACAUUAAGCUCCAAAGAGACAAAAACGCCAAGAUCUACGAGGCCCUUCGCGAAAGCCUUCCCGAUAUUCACUUUUACGACACCACCACGAACUUGGCGCUCAAGACCAGCGAGGAUCGCUUGCAUGUGCAUGUAGUUGAGGAUGCCAACGAAAAAAUUGAUUACCCCCGGGUUGAAUUACUGAAGCAUCUAAACUGCCCCAUGUUCAAAGAAGGUGAUCUUGUCUUUGAUUCUCACAUGUCCGGCUUUGUCUUCAAGGUCCGUGUCGGAGGCGAAGUCCUGGUCAAGAAGGAAGUACCAGGAGCCGAAGUAGUUGAGGAGUUCCUUUACGAAAUUCACGCGCUCCACAGCUUGCAGGAUUCCAAUCAUGUAAUUGGCUUGAGGGGUCUCGUCACCGACGAAGAUGAGGAUAUUGUCAAGGCUCUGCUUAUCGACUGGUGCCCCAAUGGCAAUCUCAUGGACAGGAUUUACGACGACUGCAAGACGACAUAUCUCGGCAUCCCUUGGCGGAAGCGUGAGCGCUGGGCUCGUCAGAUUAUUCACGGAGUCGCCGAUCUUCACGAAUCCGGCUUUGUUCAAGGUGAUCUCACCCUGAACAAUGUUGUUCUUGACGACGACGAGAAUGCUAGGAUUAUCGAUGUCAAUCGCCGAGGUUGCCCCGUUGGCUGGGAACCACCGGAGGCGAAGCCUCUUCUCGAUACAAAUCAGCGUCUCUCUCUCUAUAUUGGCGUCAAGUCGGACCUUUUUCAACUUGGCAUGGUCCUAUGGGCACUGGCAAUGGAGGAAGACGAGCCCGAAAUUCAGGGCAGGCCGCUGCUACUCGGACCCGAAGUCAACGUUCCCGAUUGGUAUAGGCAAAUCACCGAGAUCUGCCUGAGUCAUGACCCACGUUCUCGAAUUAUGGCAUCCCAGCUACUGACCAUGAUCCCGGAUCAGGCCUUUGCACCCGCUUACAGCCGCAUAGCCUCUCGACCUGCCAUAGAGGACCGCCAGUCUCCCCAUGAACUGCCUGGAGAGAGCGCUUCUACUGCUGCCCCCAACAGCGAGACUAAGAGUGAGCAGCUCUUCUUCCCGCAGCGCGGGCGCUCUCCCCCCAGUCCAAUGCCUAGUGACUCGUCACGCCAGCAAAAACCCCGCCGGGCUGCCAAUAUGCCGGUGGCGGCUUCUUAUGACGACAUGACUGCCAAAGCCAAACGCUAUCUGGAGGCCAGUCGUAACAGGAACUCGAUGCCAACACCCGAAUCCGAGAAUCUCUCGCAUCAGAAGCAACAAAAACAGAGGCAAGAGGGCAAGCAUCAAACUUUGGAGCAGCACGAACAUAGACAGCAUUAUCAGCAGCGCCACCAGCAGCAGCAGCAACAACAGAAACCGAACCAGGUUCAGCCCCAACAAUAUCAACUGCAGCAGCAGCAGCAUCACGAUGAACCGGAGACACCUCAGCCGCAGCAGCAGCAGCAUAACCAUGAGCCGGAGAAACCUCCUCAGCCGCAGCAGCAGCAGCAUUACCGUGAACCAGAGAAACCUCAGCCGCAGCAGCAGCAGCAUUGCCAUGAGCCGGAGAAACCUCAGACCCAGCAGCAGCAGCAGCAGCAGCAUCAUCAUCAACACGUUCAACCAAAGCAGCCUACAGAUGAUCUGGGAGAUCAUCUGCCCCAGCUGCCGUAUCAGAAGCAGUCAGAACCGGCGCCACUUGAACGGCAGAAGCAUCAAUCUCCACAGCAGCAAUCGCAAAAUCGUCAAACGCAGCCCCAACCCCGACUGGAGAAGCAAUACCUGGAGCAGCAGCAACCGGAGCAGCAGCAACCGGAGCAGCAGCAACCGGAGCAGCAUCAGCUUCACUCGCACGUAGCUCACUAUCAGAAGAAUGAUCACCGGCAGUCACAACCAGGAAGGCAACAGCUGGAACAGUAUCAGGCUCAGCAGCAACCGCAGGACCUUCAGCACCCUUACCACGAGCAAUAUUACCCGUAUCAGCAUCAACAGCCACCGAACCUUGCCGUGGCUAGAUCGCAUGACACAGAGAACAGUUUCCUCGACGAUGCUAGCAAGGCCUCCGCGACGCCACCUGGCUCGUUUGUGGCUAUGCCACCUCCGAAACAAGACACAACUCGGAAGCAACUCACACCUCCAAAGCAGCCAACGCCUCCAGAAAAGCCUCCCACGUACUUGGACGUCGACAGCGGCAUCUCUAUGUGGUCACCCAGCGAAGAAACUGUCGCUUUUUCUAGUAGUACCUCCCCACCCCAGGAGCUUGUCAAAAAGAUCAAUGAAGAAUUGUUCCAAGACCUGGAACGCAACGGAGCAGCUAGAUCGGCUCUGCAGGCAAUUUUUGGACGAGACGACAAGGAGUGCGGCCCAAUUUCCCAUCCUACUACGCAGUGGCACGACGGCUCCGCGUUACCGCAUUUCCCCAAGCAACAACCCGACAUCGCUUUCGACGUUCCUCAUUCCAAGGCCGAGUUGGAGCAUACCUCCAUUUCUCAACGAUCUAUGGCGCAAACGGAAAAAGAUGGUCACCAAUUUCCACCACCCUCAAACCAGCGUGUGGACGAUGUCUUCAGACCCCAAAACACCCCCCCGGCGUACUAUACCUCAAUUCCACACCAGUUUACUGCGGAAUUUGAAGAACGCGACUUUGCGGGCUCGAACUGGGCUAUGCAGUUGGAUAGAACCUCCUCGAACCCCCCAGCUAAUGCGAAGAUUGAGACUGGUCCUACCUUUCGCCAAUUCACCACAGAGUGGGCGGACGACGCCGUGAAUAUUCCUCAAACCAUUCCGCAGCGGGCCGAGCAAAUUUCGCAUCUUCCCGAAACCAUCACGCACCUGGGGAGCAAUGUAUCCGCCCUACGUCAAGCCGCUUCACACUGGGGCGAGCAUACCUCGGUUAACUCUCAAAUCACACCAAAACGAGCGGAUGAGACUACACAAGCGGAGAAGAAUUUAAGCAUCACUUCGCAGUUCAUGCCUCAGCACAUUGAUGAGACGACCUACAUCCCUCACACAACUUUGCAGCGCGGCGAUGAUACGUCCAUCCCGUCUCAAAGCACCUACAACAGCGAAAAGGAGGCACCCUUCACUCCGCAAGCUACUUCCCAGCAUGAAAAAACCACACCUGUCUUUCUGCAACCCGCCAUGCAGCUGGACAAGGGCCCUGUCAUUCCCCAGAUGACUGAACAGCUGGACGAUAAUGUGAGCGUUGCUUCCUGUAUUUCGCGCACGUCAAGCCCCGACGGUGAUCUUGAAGGCGGCGCUCAGCUAAGCAGAAGCGACACUGCAUUUAGUGCCGUCGAGACGCACUUUCGCCGACCCGAAUACCCAACAAACUCGAAAGCACCGCUGGAGACCAUCUUGGAUAGCACCCCAGCUACAGCUUUCGGCGAGCACCUGACGCACAACAACCCCAACGGGACCCUGCUGGGCUUUGGGCACGGACAGGGCGUCGCCGGACCCCUCCACACCACCGACCUGAACCCCGAUAUCCAUUUUGACAGUACAAUUUGGCCCGACGCCACUCGCCGCUUCAUGACUGGCGCAAAAUCUUGA